CUGUAAUAUACAGGCACGCUUUUAAAUUCAACAUUAAUUACUUCAAUGAGUAGCUUUUACCCUUUCUCAAGUUCUUUCAUAUAAUUUAACUUAUAGGAGCUCAUAGAGUUACUAGGUGUAUACCUAGGCAGACAUUCUAUAGGUACUGUUACCUUUCGUUGGAAAAGUCCGUCUGAUCAACUACCGCCUCCUCUCCAACCCCAGCACUGGUUCAACAUGAGCACCACAUCUCCCUACAACGAGGCAAUGAUCGUUUCUCUUAUAAAGGAAUACUAUUCUCUACUCAUCUCACUAUCCUACCUCCGCGCCUCUCAAAUCGUCAGUCCUCCGCCCUCCGGCCAUGUAAUUAACGAGAAGCUAUGCAACUCGCUCGGUCUUGAUGCCGCGGUGAUAUCACUAAUGAAGAAACUACCAUACAUUGAUGGGCCAUACUCUGCCGGUGAUGGACAACUUGACCAGGAUGCCUCUGCAUAUGGAUGCCUGCUCUUCCCCGGCUCUUGGACCGGCUCUCUAGCAUACUCGUUCCUGCGUGACGAUGAUAUCAUGGAGAGCCGAGACCCAUACGCUACUGGAACACAGGGAUAUAGGUUGAAUUAUUUACUCGGCCAUGACAUUGCGUUGGCACACAACCUCAGGGAUGGUAUGACUUUAGUGCUAGACACGAAAGCCAAUACUGUGAGGAUGCUGGAUAACAACGACAGUCCGGAAGUUGUCAACCCUGAAGGAACGCCACUUGAAAGACCGGAAGAACCCAUGUACUACCGGAAUUAUCACGCUCAAGAUGCGACUGCUUACUUUAAGACCUUGAUUGCUGACGUUCGCUCAUUGGAGUACAUCCCCUAUGGGGGCGACAAGUACGACAGGGAGUUCUUUAGCAGCGACGCGUAUCCUGAAAUCUGUGCCCAUGCAAAGAAGGUGCUCUUAGACGAGUACGGAUGGGGCUCAGAGAACUUCAGACAAGACCAAUGGGCAGCAGACGCCGAGCGAGUAUUAGAAAACAUAAUUCAUGAGAGUGGCAGCUGAGACCAUGUACAUCGACGG